AUGGCACCACAAACGUGCGCUAUUUGCCAGAAAGCAAAGGCCAUGGUGAAGCGUCCAAAGACAGGCGAGCAGAUCUGUCGGGAAUGCUUCUUCUACGUCUUUGAAACCGAGGUUCACAACACCAUUACUCAGGCAAAUCUUUUUAAACCUGGGGACAGGGUUGCGAUUGGCGCAUCUGGCGGGAAAGAUUCCACUGUUUUGGCAUAUGUUAUGAAAAUGCUUAAUGAACGCUAUCAGUACGGUUUGGAGCUGUUCUUGCUCUCGAUCGAUGAAGGCAUUACGGGGUAUCGGGAUGAUUCAUUAGAGACGGUGAAGCGCAAUCAGCAACAAUACGAUAUGCCACUGAAAAUCCUUUCCUAUGAUGAACUGUACGGCUGGACAAUGGACGCCAUCGUCUCUCAAGUUGGGAGGAAGAAUAACUGUACAUUCUGCGGUGUUUUUCGUCGACAAGCCCUUGAUCGAGGCGCUGCGAUGCUAAAUGUAGAUCACAUCGUGACAGGCCACAAUGCAGAUGACAUUGCAGAAACGGUCCUUAUGAACAUAAUGCGUGGCGAUAUCGCGAGACUUGGACGAUGUACAUCAAUCUGCACCCAAGGCGAAGACACCAUUCGACGAUCAAAGCCUUUCAAGUACGCCUACGAGAAGGAGAUCGUGAUGUAUGCAUACUUUAAAAAGUUAGAUUACUUCUCGACGGAGUGCAUCUACUCUCCCGACGCCUAUCGUGGCCACGCACGCGUUUUCCUCAAGGACCUCGAAGCAGCUCGACCCAGCGCGAUCAUCGAUAUCAUUCACUCAGGGGAAGCUUUUGAAGUCAGGGAAGAAGUCAAAGCUACUCAGCGAGUGCAGCAGGUUUGUCAAAGGUGCGGAUAUAUGUCGAGCAAUGCGCUGUGUAAAGCUUGUACCCUUCUCGAAGGCCUUGAGCGCGGUAUGGCAAACUCCGGCAUAACCGAUAGAGCUCGUAAAAAGCUAGAUGCUGAAGGUCCUGCCCCGGACAAUCUACGAACGAUACCAUUCUUCAAACCGCCCUCUGGGGGUCCCUUGAUCGCCAUUGAAAGUGUUUCGUGA